AUGGAUUGUCUGGACGAUAAUUCUCAUUGGGAUGACUUGGACUUGUCAACUCCUCGUUUGCCAGGAUAUGACAGCCCGGGUUCUGGCCAAGAGGUGAGCCCGCUUGACGCGGGGCCUUGCUCGGAGCCAGAGUCCGACCAUGCGGAAGCAGCUGCACGACUUCCACUCCUGCGAUCAUGCGACGUCGAACCCGGCCGAGAAUAUGACAGAGAAAACCCAACAUGCAUUCAUUAUGACCUCAAGUUGAAGGUUUCUUUGCGUGGUGCCGGUAAAAAGAGGUCGAGCCAGAUCGAUCUGCUCAACAAGUCUGAUGUAGUCCUUGCACCAAGUGAGCUUUGGGAGUCAGAACUUCAGGCCCAUUUAGCGACUCUCUUGAGUAGCCCGGAAUUGUUCCCACACGAAAGCAGCUACACAUGCCAAGGCGGUGCCGUCUCCAUCAAAGCUAAAACUACCCGCAGCGGCCUAGACGACACGUUCGACGGCGACGAUAUUCCAUGGUCGAAGGUGGACCAGCACCUAGCAUCCCUUGGGCUUCUGUUCAGAUUACGGCGUAUGCAGAUAACCGUAAUGGUUGAUCUUACUUACUACGAAAGCUCGACGACAGCAGCGACAGGGGCCAAACGGAGAAAGACGGCCACUAGCAAAGCCCGAGAGAAGUUGCCGAGUGAUGCAGUCUUCAUGACUCGUUAUUACAAGCACCAUGAGUGCAACGGGAUCUGCCGAAACAAGUCCAUGCAUUGCUUGAAAGACAAGCAUGGAAAUCAUCAUCCAAUCGAUUGGAAACGUCUCUCUGACAUGCGACGAGCUGGCGCCGAUAAGAUCCUGCUCUACCGCACACGGGAAUUCGACAAAAUAUGUGAGCAGAAUCCCAAGCAUGAUGCUAUCCCGCUCGUCGAAAGGGUUUUGUCAUGGGAAAGAGUAUAUGCGGAGCAUAUAACCGACCUGGCGGCUCGGGCGAUGGAGGAAGCCAGAGGCAGUCUUACGGGACAGCGGUGGCUAGAUAAGAGCCAUGUGGCGGAGCGACUUGACAGGAUGCCGCGAAACGCAUGGAAUGACGCCAAAGAUGUAUGGCGUUCCAGUGAAGAAGAGGCUGCCUUUCAUUCGAUCUCAAACCCGACCACAGCUUCGACUGACCGAAUAGGAAGUAUGUUUAACAUUUGCGCUGGAGCGGGUACAGGCCGAAAUAAGUCCAUUUAUGUCACCUUGGUCCCUCAGGAUCAGACUUUCCUCUCUGUGUGCUCCAUCAUGACCAUAAACGAAGGAGACUUUCUAGGAUUCUUCUCGGGGUAUUUUCGGUACUCGGAGGACUUCGACAAAUUGUACGGCAUUCGUGGGCCGACAGAGAAACUUUGGUUAGACUAUUCAGAGGCCACCGGACCUUUGAAUCAGAUGAAAGUCGCGGCUUCAGGAGGGGACGCAAAUGUAGCUCUUCAAUGGGAGCUGAUCGAAGGUGGCGGCGAGGGGCCUUGCAUGUGGCGCGUCGCGGUUCGGGCGCUCUGCAGCAUUGGACCUUUCGAAAACUUCGUCCGCGCCGCUUAUCAUCCAGCACAAUACCUUUUGCAUCAGGAGUCGACUUAUGCAAGGACAGGGUUCACGAAGUCGGUCGAUGGGCAUGGUGAUGCGUUGUUUCCGGAAGAAGUGCGGGGUUGCGCCUGA